AUGGCUUAUAAGAACGUCGUCCUAGUAGGGGCUGGCAACAUUGGCAGGAUUAUCCUUCGUGGCCUUGAGGACUCGUCACAAUUCAACAUUACCGUUCUUUCCCGCAAAGAAAGCUCAGCGGUCUUUCCAGACUCUGUUAACGUAUGGAAGACCGACUAUUCGAAGAGCGAUCUUGAAGCAGCUUUCACUGGACAGGAUGUUGUUAUUUCGGCUCUGGGUGCACUUGGAUUUACAGAGCAGCGGAAACUCGUGGACGCUGCUGUCCAGUCAGGUGUCAAGCGAUUCCUGCCUUCGGAAUUUUCAUGCAACAGCCAGAACGGCACGGUCAUCGAAUUAUUGCCCUUAUUUCAGCAAAAAGCCGAUAUCAUACAAUAUCUCAAGUCCAAAGAAUCUACUGGACUGACUUGGACCAGUCUGGUUACGUCUCUGUUGUUCGACUGGGGCCUUGAGAAUGGUUUCCUCGGUUACGAUAUUUCCAGUCGGACAGCUACUAUCUGGGAUGACGGCAACAAGAAGUUCACACUUACUAACGAGGGCCAUCUUAGCAAGGCUGUCGUGUCGGUGCUUCAACGCCCAAAUGAGACUAAAAAUCAAAUUCUCUACAUUGCGUCUGUCGAGACCAGUCAGAAUGAGAUUCUGAACGCGUUCGAGACCGUCACCGGAUGCAAAUGGUCUAUCAUACGGACAACCACUGAAGAGCAAGUGACUGAGGCCCGUAUGAAAUUGAGCAAAGGUGAUUUCGACGGUGCCUUGACCUUAGUUCGGGCCACCAGUUACAGCAAUUUACCUGGCCUCAAGUCCAAUUACGCUAAAGGGUUCAAGGUGGCAAACGAUAUUUUGGGAUUGGAAUGGGCGAAUGUUGAAGACACGGUCAGGACGGUUGUUUCGAAGUAA